CACAGCUGCUCAUUGCUCAUUCACCACCUUGGCAGCUGCUUGGGUGCUCCUCCUCCUUGAUUCGCAGCUCGACAGUCGCUGGUCAUGGCGCUUCAGCCUGUGCACUCUCUUCGUGUGCACUCCUUGCCUGGAGUCUCGCAUCCUAUUUGCUCCGUCGGAGGCCACUCCUGCAUCCGAUCACUCACCGACGGCCUCCCGCAUCCCACACACCGUGUAGCAUCCUCCGCAAGCUUACGAAGUCAUGGACGUGCUUCAUUGAAUUUCCGUCCUGGGACGUCUCUCUCCCGUGUCACAUCAGCACCUACUCGCAAAAGAGCAUUAACCGCAGCUGCCUCGGUGGGUCAGAACGAGCCAACUUCACAGCGCGAGGGGGGUGCGUCAUUAGCGUCCUUUGCCUCUGAUGGCUCCUUCCCACCACCUGAUGGUCCCUCUAGGGCACCAACAGGCCAUGACCGGACGGAGCCUGUGGACGUGCUGAAGAGUCGCUUAGGCCAAUCCUUGUCGCUGCUGUUUGCAAAUCCGUCGCAUAGUAUUCGCGAAGCAUGCGACCAACUCGGACGGUUUGCUGCGUCCAUCGCUAUCACCGCGACUGUCCUGUCAUCCGCCAUGCCAGCAUACGCUGGUGCCGUGCUGGCACCGCCACGUAAGCUUAUGGCGGAUGAGCUGGCGACGGUGAAGCUGUUCAACGACAACACCGCGUCCGUCGUGUACAUUACGAACCUCGCCACUAGGAAGGACGCGUUCACUCUGGAUGUGAUGCAGGUGCCGCAGGGGACAGGGUCGGGCUUCAUAUGGGACACGGAGGGCCACGUGGUCACCAACUUCCACGUCAUCAGGCGCGCCUCCGACCUCAGAGUGACCCUAUCAGACCAGUCGGUGUACGCGGCGACGGUGGUGGGAGCGGACCCAAACAAGGAUGUGGCGGUGCUGCACAUCGAUGCCCCCGCCAACAAGCUGAGACCGCUGCCCGUGGGGUGCUCCUCCGACCUGCUCGUCGGCCAGAAGGUCUUCGCCAUCGGCAACCCUUUCGGACUGGAUCACACACUCACAACCGGAGUCAUCAGUGGAUUGCAGCGUGAGAUAACAUCGGUGACGCGGCGGCCCAUUCAGGACGUGAUUCAGACGGACGCGGCCAUCAACCCGGGCAACAGCGGGGGGCCUCUCCUUGACUCCAGCGGCACGCUCAUCGGCAUCAACACCGCCAUCUACUCGCCCUCGGGCGCAUCCUCGGGCGUCGGAUUCGCCAUCCCUGUCGACACAGUGAGUGGCAUCGUGGAUCAGAUCAUCUCGUACGGCCAGGUCACUCGGCCCGCACUCAACCUGGCGUUUGCACCGGAGCAGCUGGUGGAGCAGCUCGGCAUCUCGGGCGUGCUCGUGCUCGAAGUCAACCCCAGUGGCGCCGCCGCCAAGGCCGGUCUGCGCCCCACGUCGCGCGACAGCUUUGGGCGGCUGCUGCUGGGCGACAUCAUCACAGCCAUUGACGGCAAGCCCGUCCAGUCGGGGUCCGACCUCUACAAGAUCCUCGACAAGUGCAAAGUGGGCCAGACGGUUGACGUGCGUGUGCUGAGAGGGGACGACGAGGUCAGUGUGCCCGUCACAUUGGACGGGCUCAGUGGGUGAUGUGCAGCUGGGUGACCUGCUCACUUGAACGGACCCGUGGGGCCCUGAUAGAACAAGGAUGGAUGUCGGGAGUUGUGGCACAAGAGUGAAUAUAUUAUUUAUUGCAUUGCACCUUGCAGACUCAAGCUUCUUAGUGGAAGCAGGAGCAGGACAG